GUAUUUUAGUCAUUUACGGGUUUUUGGACUCUAGAAACUUCCACUCCCACAACGCUUGCUUGUUGCACAGUUGCUGCUCUCUUUCUUUACUCUCUCUGAGUCUGGGAAGAACUAGAACUAGGGUUUGUCCAAAAUCACCCAAAUUUCUAAAACCUUUGGAAAAGUUUUGAUCUUUGAUCACUUACCGAUGAAGCGAGGAAGUGAUUCCAGCGAGGACUCGAGCUCGGAUUACUUUGUAAUCCGACACAAUCCUCAACCUCUCACGAAGAGGAAGCAUGAAGAUGACGAAGAAAUCUCCGGUACGGAGGCGAUGCUGAGAAAGAGAAAGCAACUGAAGACGAGGAAGACAUUGUUGGAAGCUUCUUCUUCUGGUGCUUGUAAGAUGAACUGGACUAUCACCGAAGAGCUCCUCAUCCUCAAGGAAACCAAGGCUAGCUACAUGUCUGACUGGAAUGCGGUAUACGAUCGUAUCAGAGGUUCCAUGGAAUCGGAUUUCUCAAAGAGACAGCUACAAAAUAAGAUUGAAAAGAUGAAGUUGAGAUUCAGAGACUAUCAGACGAGAUCUAGUGCUGGAAAAAGACUCUCUUUUACUAAUGCUCAUGAUAAACAAGUCUUUAGAUUGUCAAUGGCCAUAUGGGGUGAAAUUGAAAACAACAAAACCAAAUCUGCUUCCAACGAGAACAUUAAUAUGGACCAAAGAAAGGUUUGGGUGAGUAACGCGACUGAUGAUGGUGAGAAAGACAAGUCUGAGGAUUUGAAUGUUCUGCAAGAGGCACUUGAGGUGGCGGCAUCGUUUCGGAGUUUAGGUAACCAUCAACAGAGAUCGCUGCUUCGGAAUUUGAAAAACCUUGGAGCUACACAAAGGAAAGAGCUAACCCACGAGUGGAAGGCAUUGCUCGCUCAGGACAUGCAAUUGGGUAUCAAGAAACAAAGUUUCUAUGCAAAGCUUGUUAACGCUGGCUUUUCUGCUUAACUCAACAACAACAAGGGAAACAAGUUCUGCUUUUGGAAUGUUAUUAUGAUGUUUUAGGUUAAUUUUCCUAUGUUCUGUUUAAGCCAAUCUCUUUGAACAGUUAAUUACAAAGGGCUUAUGACUUAUUUUUGGUAAGCGUAAGGGUAAUGGUGUCUGCUAUUUGGGGGCCGGAUCUGUGUGUGAGUGGGUAAAUCUCAUGGAAUAUGGUCUUGUGCUCAUAAUACACUCUUGUUUGAUGCAGUCA